AUGCCUCCGAAGAAAAAGACCAUAAGCAAUCCCAUAGCUUCCCAAGACGGGCCAAACCAUAGCAACUCGGAAUCAAGGCAACAUGCCUCAUCUAGAGGAGAAGAACAUGAAAGUGAGGGAGAUUUCCCCCUCACAGACUUUGUUGCAGCCAUCCAUGUUAUGGGGGAAACCCAGAGGGAGAUGGCAAACACAAUCAAGGAGUUGAAAAGCUCAGUUGCUAAGCCAAAAGAAGAAAACGAGAGACUUCCACAAGAGGAGUCUGCUGCUGCCAGAAAGGGGUCUGAACAAAAGGGACUAUUUUUUGUCACCCAAGAAGAUGCCAUUGCCAUGCUGGAAAAGGGACUGAGUCGAAACCAAGAGGAUUAG